AUGUGGCCUGCAUGUGCACUAUUGGAACUUAGUGAUUUAGAUCCUAUGUGUAUAGAUGGUGAAAAAUACAAUGUGAAUGUGAUUCACAAAUUUGUGUGUUCAUGGACUUGGGAACCAGGGAAUCUAAAAAACCAAAGAUUAAUAAUUUCUGCUAAAACAGGGGAAUAUUUUAUGAUUGAAAUUCUUUUCAAUCCUGAUGGUGUUAAGGUCCAAGAAUUUGAGUGUCUUUACAAAGGUUUACCAUGCAAGGCUGUUCUAUGAGUUGAAGGAGGGUUUCUUGCUGCACUGGUAGAUAUGGGGGAUGGGAUGGUCUUAAAAAUGGAAAACGGUACACUUCUUUACAGAAGUCCUAUUCAAAUCAUUGCCCCGGUCUUCGAUGUCAGUUGUGGUCUUGUGGAUUGCCAUGAUGAGAAACAUGAUCAAAUGUUUGCUGCUUGUGGAGUGGCUCCGGAAGGGUCAUUAAGGAUCAUUAGAAGCUGUAUCACUGUAGAAAAGCUACUACGGACUGCACCUAUAUAUCAAGGGAUUACUGGUACAUGGUCUUUAAGAAUGAAGGUGACUGAUACUUGCCAUUCAUUUCUUGUGCUAUCAUUUGUUGAGAAAACCAGGGUACUAUCAGUUGGUUUAAGCUUUACUGAUGUGACAGAUUUAGUUGGUUUACAGCCUGAAGUUUCUACUAUGGCAUGCGGAAAUGAUGGGAUGCUGGUCCAGAUUCACAAAAGUGCAGUCAGGCUCUGUCUGCCCGCCAAGGGUGCACAUACUGAUGGUAUUCCAUUGCCUUCUCCAGUUUGUACAUCUUGGUUCCCAGAAAAUAUGAGUAUCAGUUUGGGUGCUGUUGGGCAUAAUCUAAUUGUUGUUUCUUCAUCCAAUCCCUGCUUUAUAUUCAUUCUUGGGGUCCGAAUGCUCAGCGCUCAUUAUGAGAUAUGUGCGACGCAGCAUUUGAGAUUACUACUUAGGCUCAUGGACCGGAUAUUUGGGGAAAGUAUAUCACAAAGCAAGAUUAUUUGCCGUAUUGGAAGAGAUUUAGGGGACUAUCACCGUAUAGAAUCGGAGUUGAUUAAGGAAAUUGAAUCGAAAUCAACUAAGCGAUUAUCAAGACUUGAUUCGCAAGAAAGAACAGCUCGAACAGUUAGUACAGAUACUGUUCUAUCCAGUGUAUCAGCAGCAAAUUCUUUUAGCCGACAGAUAUAUACUAAAUUAUCUGAGAAUAUAAAGGACAACUUUCCUGUUGAUUUGCAAUUGAUUUCUACGCGUCGUAUUGGCAUCGCUCCAGGAAUCUACAAUGCUGGCAUUAUAAAUAGUUCUAGCACUGGUGGCAUGAUGGGCUCAUUUUCGUAUAAACUGCGAGCUGAUGAUGCAUUGAAAGGCGGUGAUGGAAAUAUCGACUUCGCUCAAAAAAGUAUCAUUGUGAGCAAGCUUGGAAGUGUAAUAACCUUCGUUCCAAUAUCAAGGGAAGAAUAUGAACUAUUAGAAGUUGUACAAGAUAGACUAGCUGUGCAUCCAUUAACUGCUCCUAUCCUUGGAAAUGAUCGUAAUGAGUGUAGCCGUGAAAAUCCGGCAGGAGUACCCAAGAUUCUUGAUGCUGACAUGCUCACUCAAUUCUUGGAGCUCACAAGUAUGCAACAAGAGGCUGUAUUAUCAUCACCUCUCUGUGUACUAGGCAAAGUAAAGUCGCGUUUGAAAUUGCGAAGUUUGUCUGUUCAUGUUAAUCAGGUUGUGCAGCUUCUUGAGCGAGUUCACUAUGCCCUAAAUUAA